AUGGAGUGCAGAGGUCUUCUUGUUUUCUGCACGCUCUUUUUCUGCUCUUUGGGAGUCAUUUACUCAUCUCGGGCCCGCAGACAUCACACACACCUGGAGAACAGUUCAGCGUAUAUAAAUCAUUCAGCUAGUCAUCGUAUUAGAUACCCUUCAUACAUGAUGCAGCUGUACCGCUCCUUCAGUGCCGCCGACUCCAUCUCCUCAAUGGCUGUCAACACCUUCACAGCUCAAAGGGACCAACCUGCAGUUCACAACUCAGAUUCUGUCCUGAGUCUAAUGGCCAAAGGUUGCCAUCAAGCGGGUGACACAUGGACGGUCACAUUCGACAUGUCCUCUAUCUCUACCAGUCAGCUUGUCCAGCUUGCUGAGCUUCAAAUCCGACUCCCGGCUUUCUCUGCCUCCAAACGUGCCACUGUGGAUUUAUAUCACUCCCGGAAACAGAGCUGUGACCCGGACAGCACUUUGUGCGAGGAGGAGGUUGUCUUCUUGGGGAGCUUUGCCGCAAAACCAAGUAGCACAAAGUCUUCCUGGAGGGUAUUCGAUGUGACCGCUCUCUUGAAAUACUGGCUCUAUCAGGGAGGUGAGGUGCUGAACCAAGAGGCUUCUGGGGAGCCUGAGAACAGCGAUGGGCGCAGUCAAGAUGUGGGCAACUGGGGAACAGUGCAAAAAAAAGUACAACAUCCAACCACAAAUCGGGUAAUGAUGGUUAUCUUCUCCAAACACAACAUGCCCCAGGAUGCCCCUGCAGCUUACAGUCUUAUUCACACUGUAGAGAACUCCAAGUAUCUAAAAGCCAACAGGGUCAAGAUUGACAAUCAAAGCAGACGCCACAAAAGGAACCGAUUGGGGGCCCUGAGAGUUAUUGACGGACCUGUACCUACCGUGGCCCCCGUAGUGGAGCAGGCUCAGGGGCCACUGUGUCGCAGGGUGGAUAUGUGGGUAGACUUUGACCACAUCGGCUGGGAUGAGUGGAUCAUCCAUCCUAAGCGCUACAAUGCCUAUCGCUGUGAGGGAGAGUGUCCGAUACCACUGGACGAGUCCUUCAACCCCACCAACCACGCCUACAUGCAGAGCCUGCUCAAACAUCACCACCCAGGAAGAGUGACUUGCCCUUCGUGCGUGCCGACGCGCCUCACCCCGCUCUCCAUGUUGUACUACGAGAACGACGACCUGACCCUGCGACACCACGAGGACAUGAUUGUUGAGGAGUGUGGUUGCCAUUGAAGCCAACCAAAAUUACCGAAUUACUAUCAAAUUAAACUUGAAUUAUUUUGUUUUUGUUCUCAUAUUAAUUGUAAUAAAAAAAUUGUAAUGAGCAU